AUGGAACCAGAUCCCAAAUUAUUGUCUCUUCUAGAAAAAGUUAAUAACCCAAUUGAAAAGCUUACCAUUCAUUUGACAAUCAAGGUAAUCAGACAUUAGCAUAAUAAAAGGGUGUUUAUGGAUUUACAGAUGAUUGGAGGGUCACCGAUGAGACCAAUCCGGCGAUAUUUGCAAAUGUGAUUAGAUACAAAGGAGAGGAUAUGUUUGGUAAAAUAAAACCCAGAGAACAGACGGAGAAGGAGAAAUUUGAGGAGUAUCAGAAAAAUAGUAAAAAGAACAAAAAGGACUCCAAAAGUCCAGAAGAAGAGGAAGCCAUGAAGAAGGCUAUUGCUUAAGAAGAAGAGGAAGAAUUAUAAAAAUAGUAGCAUUUAGAAACCUUAUCUGAGUAAGAAAAGUUGUUUUUCAUUUCAGAAGAUAAAUUCAAAACUGCCAGCAUCUAAUAUGAGGAAACACAUUCAAUUGACAUUACUAAUGUUAGGUAAUUAGAGGAAGAGAUUCUGGAAUAAAGAAACACUAUUCAAUUCAUUAGACAACCCGCUGUGACAGAAGAGGAAUUAGUUAAAUUGAAAAAGGGCAAGACAAAGAAUUUGAAUAAUGCGGAAUUGACUUAGAUUAUUUUCAAGGGAGUUUUUGAUUUAGCUGAUCUAUUAGAACCUGGAUGCACUCACACUAUAGUGAGAGUCUUUUUAAAAUAAGAAGAAGGAUCUGAUUGUCCAAAGUAUAAUUGUGAUAAAUUGUAUAUGAAAAUUGAAGUAAACACUGAGCCUGCAUUAACACCAUUAGUUGAAGAUGUACCAUCACUCUAAAUAGAACCUGUUAUCAUCCAAAAGAUACCGAGCAAAUUUGAAUGUGUAUGGCAAUUCAAGAGUAUACUCUAUUCAUUAUCUAUUAGAGGAUAUCAAGGAAGCUAUGAAGUCCCUUGAAGAAGAAUACAGCAAACUAUAUUAAAGUGAUUAGAAAGCCAAGACUUAACCCAUGAUUAGCAUGACUCAUCAAAGGUGGCUAGAAUUGACCAAGAAGAAAGAAUCUUUUCUUAAUGAAAUGAAUACCUCUGGCAAAUACAAUAUCUUACAAGAGAGACUACGAUCUUCUAUUAUAAGAGUUUGCAUUGAUAAAUUUGCUAAGGAAGGGUUGUUUGUUGGAGUAAAUAAGGAUGAACAGGAUCGAUUGUUUGCUGAAUUGUAUGUCUUUAUGAUGGAAUAAAUGCAAACGACUCUAGGGGAAUACAUACAAAACAAUAAAGAAGAUGACAUUCACGAAGAUUUGGUUUUAACCUUUGAAUAAAAUAUCAGGGAAAGAGAUAGAGUGUUCAAAAGACUCAAAGAAUCUCAAUUAGAAAAAUUCCAAAGAUUGGCCAAAGAAUAUGAAACUAUUAAUUAAGUGAGCCAGGCACUCAAAUACUACACUAAUAUGGUAUUGGUCGAUAAAACAUCAGCCUCAGCCUUUGCAAAAUAUUGUCUCAAAAUACAGAGAUUUAAGGCAGCUGAGCAAUUAAUUCAAAUGGUUAGGGAUGUUGAAUGGAAUAAGGAAAAUGAAUUACUCAUGGCUUGUCUUUAUAUUCGAAGAGAGAGAUUUAAGGAAGCUACUCAAAUUUUAAAGGAACUAUUGCAAAAAGAACCUAUUAAUACGUUGUUUAAUUUGUUAAUGUCAUUCAUUUAUAGACAGCAGGGAAAUGACAAUAUGGCUGAUAAGUAUUUAAGAUGCACUCAAAGAAUAUUUAUGAGAACAAUGGGCUUAUUGACUAAAGGGUAUUAUGCUUAUUAAUGUAUCAUAGGUUUGCAAAAUAAUAGCCAGAUCCUCAUCUUUUGCCUAAUUUCAAGCAACAAAUGAUUGAGUAAUAGGAGAAGGCUAAAAAAGCACCAGUAUUAACUUAAGAGUAAAUUGAUUCAAUUCAAUUAGAAUUGAUAGAAUAUUUUGCAUCUAGGAAUUUAUUUGAUUUAGCUGAGAAAGCACUGGUUUCAAUUAAGGACAAAACAACUCAAAAGAUAAACAUAAUCAAAGCUUAAAUUCACAUUUUUAAUGAGAACUAUCCUGAAGCAUUAGCUUUGAUAUAGAAGUUAUUAACUUAAAAUUCGAGAUUCUAUGAUGUUUACUUGAUUAAGGGAUCUUUGUGUUUUUAGACAGAAUAAUUUUAUGAAGCUGAAGAAACGUUUUUAAAGGCACUUUCAAUAUAAUCAAAGAGAUCAUUUGAAAUUCAAUUGAGAUUAGGAUACUUGUAUUUGAAGAGGAAAUCAUGGCAAGAUGCUAAGGUGAUAUUUGAGAAGGCGUUGGAUCAAUAACCGAAUAGUUCUUUAUCAUGGUUGGGUUUGGGAAUAGCAAAUUUAAGAUUGUGUGAUCCAAUUGCUGAGGAAUGUCUUUGCUAAGCAAAUAUCUAUGAGCCUUUCAAUGGGGAAGUUUGGGGAUAUUUGGCAUUGAAUUGCUUAUUGUAGAAGAGAGGACAACAAGCAAAGCAAUGUUUGUAACGGAUGGAAUAAACUGAGGUUUAUGAUUUGGAUUUGUUGCUUGAAUUAGCUGAGGAGAUGUCGUUGUGUUUCGAUUAUGAAAGUUGUCGAUCAAUUUUGAUGAGAGUUUAUGAUUCCAAGAUAGCAAUUUCGAAUAUGGGAAAGUUGUUAAUGAACUUGGGUUAGGUGCAUUCAUAAUUACGGAGAAAUGAGGAGGCCAAACAGUAUUAUAUUGAAUCAUUGAAGUAUUUGGAGAGUGGAAAUGAGAAGGAAAAGGUAAAUUCUGAAAUCAAGAUAUUAUGA